GGGAUUGCAGCAGCAUGUACUGUACGAGUGCCUAUUGCCGGUGAGUGUAGGAGCGGCAGCGGACGAGUGUCAGUGAUGCUUGAAUGAGGUGAAAGAGAGAGAGAGAGAGAGAGUCAGACAGAGAGAGAGAAGUAGGGAGGACUUCAUUGUGGACCUUACGGGGUUGGAGGCCGUUUUUUUCUAUCCUGAACCUUUGCCGAUGUGCCACAACUAUCCAGCUGUCACUGCAGUGGCUGUCUCUUUGGUACCCUAUCCUCUCUCUGGACGGAGCUCUCUAUGCCACUACAUGAAUGGAUAUGCACCAGCUCAGUGGGAGAUCUCUGCUUUCUCAUCCUUUGCUCCACUGAUUUGUUUCUCAAGAAACCAUGGUGAGCAAGGAGAGCAGCAGGGUCGUGCUCUCCAACUCAGAGUCAGAUUCAGAGACAGGCCCGUCACAUAGCUUGGAGGCACAAUACGGUCCUGACGGCAAACAGCAGGUGAAGAAGAGGAACAAAGCCUUACAAGUCCGCUUCAAGGAUAUCUGUGACGCCCAGAACGAGCAGCGGGCAGGGGGGCGAGGAGCAAGGUCCAUUUCCUGUAAAGUGGCAUACAGGAAGUACAUGGCGAUGCCUGCGCGGCGCUCCAUCCCCAAUGUGACUAAGAGCACGGGUGUUCAGACGUCACCAGACCUUACGAAACACUACCAGACUUUCCCCUUCGAGCGAAAGAAAGGACACACCAUCAAACACACGGCCUUGGUAGAGGACUACAAGGGUCAAAACAAUGGGUUUUUGAGUGACUUGAAAGGUCAGGACGAGGCAGUGAGUUUAGAGGAGUGCUCGUCAUCUCAGGGUGCAGGGAAGCAUGUGCGGCAGACGCAGGCACUGCUCCACCACAGGGACGACAGCAGUGGCACAGAGGAUCUGUUAUCCGGUGCCAACUGCGUAGACAGGCGUGAAUGCCGGGACCCUUCUCUCCUCACAAAGGACACAGAGUGCUUUGCAAAUGACCCAACUCCCAUGGGAGAGCCGAAGAACCAGGCUUCUGGCGUGAGAACCAAACACAAAGUAUUAUCCAAAGUGGACACGAUGGGUGCCAACCCUUCCGCCAAACGCCAGUUGGCAAACUGCGAGGAACUCUUACAGGACACAAGAUUAAAGGUCACAAGUCCUGUUGCCUGGAACUCCCUGACGCAAGUGGAAAGUCUAGGCCUAGGGAGUCCGUCGGUGCACCACAAACGCAAGAAGGCCAUGCAGCCCAAUGGACAACAGUCUCAGACACUGCCCCACCCCCACAGUGCUGGCUGCUCUGUGGUCAAGGUAAAGGCACAUCAGUACCAAUCAGGGACUUUACCAGCCCCAAGGAAAACACAGUCGGGCCUGGAGGAUCAGGCUUGUCCUCCAGGACGGCAGGGUGCCUGUCAGCAGAUAGUGCCCUUACCUGGGAAUGGGGAUAUUAAGGGAAAGCUCCAGGCCAUGGAAAACCUCAUCAGCUCCAGUCAGGAGACCAUCAAGGUUUUACUGGGGGUCAUCCAAGAGCUGGAGAAGGGCGAGGCUCAAAGAGAAGGGCUUUCCUACCGAACGGGACAGGACACAGCCAACUGUGACACGUGUCGAAACAGUGCCUGCAUCAUUUAUAGUGUGGAGCUGGACUUCAAGCAGCAGGAGGACAAGUUACAGCCCCUGAUUAAGAGACUGUGCCCCUUGGACAACUCUCAAUACCCUGCUCUGCCUUACCCCCACGAGGUGUUCACUUCAACCCCCAAACGCAAGUCCAAGACAGAGUCCAAAAAGCAUGGUCGCUGGAAACUCUGGUUCCUUUAACUUAGGGAAGAUCUUGGCUUUUGGAAUGGACUUUUGGAUCUGUUUUUACACAUCUAUCUUCCCUCAAAGGGAUCUAUCACAACAGUAGAUGUUCUGCUCCAGGGAACGGAUAAUCUGAUAACAGUAAAUCAUCUAAAUCAGGAUUCUAAGUUUGAACUGCACUAGAAAUCAAUGGGGGAUUUUUUUUAAACAAUCUUAGCUCUGCCAAGCCUUCAGUUUUUUGUUCAAAACCGGAGAAGGUCAACUUAUACCCUGGCUAAAGGUUAGCAGAACUACAUGGUGAGACUGGAUAUAUUUUUGUCAUCAUGAAAUGUAGCCCACAAAUAUGAAGAUGGAUAUUAUUUAUUUACCGGGCAAAUGUUUCUCUCACUUUUUAAAAAUGAUUUCCAAUGGCACACCUUUUUGGUCUCUGCUUGACCAGAAGAGGAAUCACCAUGUGGAAGGCCUGUUUCUCUAAAAAUAUACUUUAAUCGUACAUCAGCCUGUUGGAAAAGCACAAACAUUUGGAGACUGAGAACAUCAUGGAAGAAGAAGUUAUAUACAGUACAUUACACUAUAUUAGUGAACCGACUCUACAUGAACCCUUCUUGCCUCUUCUCUCCAGUCUUGAGAGAGCCCAGUUACUCUCUCUCCCCUUCCUUUCCCUUUGUCUCUUUCCCUUUUUCUGUCUGUCUCGCUCUCUCUCUUUCUCUUUCUCUGCACACAGACAUGCACUUCAGGAGUAUGUAAAGGAAGAUUGCGAUAUAUGGGAUCCUCGACUGCUUUGUUUUUUAGAAACAGGAUAUAGUCAAGGUUAUAGUUCUGUUCCAAUAGCUGUUCUAAUCCAUCAAUGUGCAGAAAUAGGGGUUGAAUCCAAGAUUUGACUAUUGCAUAUAGAAAAAAAUAUAGACUUAUUUUAACAUAUUAAAGUUUGUUGAUUAUCUUAUAUAACAUAUUAACGUUUCUUAUUACUGUGUUAUUCAACAUGCAGCAGACUAUUUUAUGAAAAUAUGAUUGAAUUUCAGUUGAAAAAGUAAGCAUGGUUUUGACACUUCUUUAUCAAUUCACAUGCACAAAGCUGUCAUUGCCUUUCACUUACACACAGGUUAACAUCUCACUAACUUACUCUAACCCACAGAAAGGAAAUGUACUGUAAGGACAGGACGAAAUGCAACACUAUUCUCUCUGGAAUAUGCAUUUCACAUUAUAAACUGGGUGGUUCGAGCCCUGAAUGCUGAUUGGCUGACAGCCGUGGUAUAUCAGACCGUAUACCACGGUUAUGACAAAGCAUUUAUUUUUACUGCUCUUAUUAGGUUGGUAACCAGUUUAUAAUAGCAAUAAGGCACCUCGGGGCUUCGUGGUUUAUGGCCAAUGUACCACGGCUAAGUGCUGUAUCCAGGCACUCCGCUUUGUGUUGUGUGUAAAGAACAGCCCUUAGCCGUGGUAUAAUGGCCUUAUUGCUUAAUUCUAACUCACUUGGCUCAACUGAUCAUCAUCACAGACCAUAUGGUCCUUCACGUAGUGCCAUAAUUCUGCAACUCACCAAUAAUUUUGAUUAACAUUGAUCAGCACCUAACACCUUUGCUUACUCUCUCCUAUAUGAUUACAUUAGGGGUGGAAUCAAGUCACGACCCAGACGUAGCAAUCCAUGCACUGAACUUACAACAAUAAAGAAGGGCUAUUUACAGUAUACAUAAGCAUGUAGGGUAUUCAAUCUUUAUCUUUGACGAAUAGUGACUUUGGAUCAGAUGGAUUCAUUUGAUGAAGCAACUUAAACCAUCCACUUAUUGCACCUAAUAUUUAUAGAUAAUCAUUUAAAUCUCACAUAAACAAUGUCACACUGACAGCAAGUGAUUCAAUCACACAUUUGAUCUUCUUGGCUGGGUUACCAGGUCCUUCAAUAUUACUGUACAGAUGGAGGAACUUAAUUUGAGCCAGUUUGCCACUGAAAGAAAAUACACCUGCAGAAAUAGGCAAUGUGAAUGUGGAAUAUAAUUAAUUACAUUUUUUUUGUAGGGGUUGAUAGAUUUUUCAUUAGGGCAAAUCAAGUAUGACAUUUUAAAGUGGAAAUUACAAACUUUAGAAGCCAUUUUAAACAUCAAAUACACAAGUGUACAUUUCUUGCUGUGCAGGAAAGUUAUCCUCAACAAAACAGUGAUCAAAUGAAGAUCCUACAUCUGUAGCAUAUUGAAGGACACCUUAAGGAAGUGCAAUUCAUUGAUUUGCAAUAUUAUGCAUUUUGUACUGUUUUUACCUUAAAACAAAUGCAUUUUCAAUAAAACCAA